AGUCUGAGAACGUGACGUCAGCAACGCAAUGCAUUUUGGGACUUGGGGACACGGACGCUGCUGAAUGUACUGUAUUGAAUUGUUAAUAGACGGUUUUGUUUGCUUUGUAAAGCUAAACAAUACGUUACAAUGGUGAAAGCUUGUUGUGUAAUUAACUGCCAUACUCGCACUCACGACCGGCAUGGAAAAAGAAUUUCAAACAGAGUGCGAUUUUUCAGCUUUCCCGCCUGGAAACAGCACCUUGGAUCUCAGGUCUCCGAGUUAACAAAGUGGCGUCACAUGGCUUGGUUAGCGGCAGUAAGAAGGAAAACCAUUACCUUCAACAAUAUUUGCCGAAACACGCUUGUUUGUUCACGCCAUUUUCACAAAGGCAAACCAGCCUAUGAAAUGCUGGAGUGUGAUCCUGACUGGGUGCCAUCUUUGCAUCUCGGGCACAAAGAAGUUAAAGCAACGCACUCUGGGCGGUUUAACCGGAGUUCAAGGAGACUGCAAGCUGUCACAGGGGAUCAUGCUGCACCUGCACCACUACAUGUAGCUGGCCAGAUGGAUGAAGCUGCAACAGCAGAUGAUGCCUCACAAAUGGAUGACACAGGCUCAAAUAACAACUUUGCAGAACAGCAGGAAUGCCAUCUUUGUAGCUGCAGGCGUGGUGAAAUUAACCGUUUGUUGGAGGAGAACAGGAGACUGAAGGAAGAGCUCACCCAAAAGAGAAUGGAUGAGGAUUAUUUUAAAGAUGAUGAUGCAAAGGUGAAGUACUACAAUGGGCUUCCAUGUCUUGCGCUUCUGAUGGGUGUGCUGACACAGCUUCUUCCCUGCCUGCCACAGACUGGGCGAAAACUCUCACCUUUUCAAAUGCUUCUUUCAACACUUAUGAGCCUCAGGCUGAAUCUCCCAAUUCAGCACAUUGCAUACCUCUUCUCUGUGGACUGUGUCCACCACAUUCAGAGAUACCAUAGGUACAAUGUUUAGACAUCUCAAACCCUU